AUGAAGGGUGUUUGGAUUCCUUCUAGGAGUUGCUCUAUUGUUCGUUUGUCACGCUCGCUUGAUAUUUCUCGCUCAUAUGCGAUGUCGGCCACCUUUCGGGGUUCGCGCACAUACGUCCUAAUGUUUUAUCCUGGCCACUGGUAUCGGGAGUCGAAUUCGCUGCGUCGGGGAGCAGGUAAAGCAGGAGGGUCCAGUAGGUGGCGCAAGGCAAAGAGCGUCUCGGUCGUGACUUCUUUCUCCAGAAUUCUACUAUCAUCAACG